UUCUGCUAUCGGUAACGGAAGCGUCCGGGGUGUAAGCAGUGACGUGACUUGCACUGCUACGCUUGGCCUGCUUCCUUCUCCCCCGUCUCCUCCCCCAACACGUACACUCCUCCCCACUCUCCGGCCAACAUGUGGGGAGCGAACUCGGGGUGGGCGGCAGAUGCGUUAAUGCAGUGUUGAGAAGCAGUGCACUGUGGACUUUUAUUUUUAUUUAUAACAUCUCCUAAUGUCUGGUACGAUCAGUUUAUGCAUGGAAAUGUUUCAAAGAACACCUGAAGAACUCUUUCCAAAGAUGGAAAGUUCAGUUGAAGAGAUGGAUACCUCAGAUACUCAGUGGGGCUGGUUUUAUUUGGCUGAGUGUGGUAAAUGGCAUAUGUUUCAGACUGAUUCAAAUAGUCAUUGCUCAGUUAGCAGUGAAGAUAUUGAAAGGAGCUUCAGAACAAACCCAUAUGGUUCUGUUUCUUUUACUACUGCAAAAUUUAACUACACACUAGACUUUUCAGAUAUGAAGCAAACCAACCUAACUACCCUUAAACAACGUCCAAUAAAGCGAGCUCCCUUUUCUAUCAGCGCUUUCAGUUUCAUCUGUGAAAAUGAGUCCAUCCCUAUACCUUCACACUGGGAGAAUGUAAAUCCCGAGGAGCCAUAUCAGCUUAUUCCUUUGCAAAAGAAAACAAAUGAAUACAAUGAAGUUUCUAGUCUCUUUGGAAAAACAAUGGAUAGCCACCGAAUAAAAAGAAUAAAGAGAAUACAAAAUCUAGACUUGUGGGAAUUUUUUUGCAGGAAAAAAGCUCAACUGAAGAAGAAAAGAGGUGUCACAACUAUUAACGAGCAGAUGUUAUUUCAUGGCACCAGUAAUGAAUUUGUGGAAGCAAUAUGUAUUCAUAACUUUGACUGGAGAAUAAAUGGAAUGCAUGCUGCCGUGUAUGGGAAAGGAACCUACUUUGCAAGAGAUGCAUCAUAUUCCAGUCGUUUCUGCAAAGAGGAUAUGAAGCAUGGAGAUACUUUCCAAAUUCAUGGCGUGAAUCUGCAGCCUCAUCUGCACAAACCAGAUAAAGUCAUGUUUCUUGCUCGUGUAUUAACUGGCGACUAUAUAAAUGGUGAUUCAAAAUACAUGAGGCCUCCUUCAAGAGAUGGAAGUUUUGUAAACUUGUUUGACAGCUGUGUGGAUAAUACUUGGAACCCAAAGAUAUUUGUUAUCUUUGAUGCUAAUCAAAUCUAUCCUGAGUACUUAAUAGAAUUUUGCUAAGUUUAAUGAAGCUGAACUGCAUAUUUGUGUCUUUGUGGUACUUCUUUUCCUUCUGCAAAAACAGCAACAUGAAAACCUGAACUCUGAAAGAACAGAGGUGAAAGAAAAGCUAACAUAUGUUUAUGAAGCUGUUAAACAUUUAAGAGAGAUUGUCCAUCUGCUUUUGAAAAUUUGUAAACAAGCUUUGCUAAUGCCGUUUACAUAAGGGAGUAACAAGUCUGAAAUUGCUUAAUGAGUGCAUUAGUAAGUUUUUGUUCAAAGGCAAGAUUUAUGUUCUCAGUUCUUAAAAAUAUAUUGCAAGUAGUCAUUUUUGUGCUAGUGAUAUGCUUGUAAUACUAUAGCUCUGUGAUUAAAUAAACCUUUCAUAAAGAUUGUCUGUAUGAAUUAAAGCCAAACCUGGAUGACUUCUGCUAUGUUUAUGUAUGUGUAUCUUGUAGUACGCAUUUCAAGAUGUACAGAACCUAAUGAUCAACAAAGCUGCUACAUUUAGCUUGAAGGUAAGCUUCACUUAUAUCCUUGCUUGGUUACAAAACUCUUUCACUACAAUUUCAAGUUUGUUUUUGACAAAAAUGAUACCCUAAAGCUCUUGUGGUUGGUAGCUGUUCAGUGUAUAAAUACUGAACUCAGUGCUGGGAUGUCAUCACUGCCAUAUAUCUUUCUGAGUUCUUGCUCUGUAGUUUUGCUAUGUCAUUGUAGUAUGUAUGUGCAUGCAUAUAUUUGCAUGCAGAUUGUGUAAUCUUGUCUGAUCACUUUUUAAGAAGCACUCAGUGCUGGUUUACUUGCUGUUACUGAAGACAACGUAGGUUAACUUCACCAAGAAUAAUACAGAGUUCAACCAACAAUGAAAAUUUUCAAAAGAUAUCAUCCUUUUGUUUUCUAACACCUCAAUAAAAAGCUUUUAAUAACAUAUGUUUAGAUAGGUUUUCUUAGCAGAACUUAGCAGAAACUCAUGCUGUUGUUACUUUGAUUUGUUCUUUUAUUUCUUCUGAAUUCCAAACUGAUCUUUAUGAACUAGGAAACAAAGUUUAUUUUAUUUGUUUUGCUUUGUUUUGUUCUUUAAGGAUCUCAUAGACACGAAAUAUCAGCUGUACUGAUCUUAAGUAUCUUUUCCAAUGGUUUGUAUUCUGUCCUCUUGUUUACUACUAAAUUAAAUCAAAUCUUUACUGUACUAAA